ACAGAAAUAUGCAAAAUGGAUUUCCAAAGAACAUCGCACUUAAGGGAUUCUUUCUAGCAGUCAUUUUGGUGGAGAUUUCGAACUCAUUGAAAAACCAUGAUGCGCUCAGAGAGAGUGCUGGAUAGCGCUGACACUAAUGACGCAAUACGAAAACGACCGCGCAGUGAUCUAUCGUCUUUUCAUCCGAAGUUAUUUGGGAUCAUAGCCGUGGUUGUCUUUAGCUUUCCCGUGGUUUCUGCUAAGCCGACGCCAAGCCAGACAAAUCCUUGCAAACCAACCGAAUACUGGGUUGAAAAGGAAGAUGGCUCACAAGAGUGUAUAGCAUGCGGAACUUGCCCAGAAGGACAAGGUCUCUCAACGGAAUGUGGGAGUUCUGAACUGCUGCCUUCUAAUACCAUGGUGAAGUGUUUGGCAUGCACCAAAGGAGUUUCAUUUUCCAGAUAUGAAGAUUCGUCCAUUUGCCUUCCUUGUGCAUCAUGCUCUAAAGGUCAGGUGGUAGAACAAAGGUGCUCUCCCAAGUGGGAUGUCAAGUGCGCAAAUAAAUGUUCCAGCAAGGACAGGUAUUAUGAUAUGGACAAGGGGGACUGUUUUAAGUGCUCAAGAUGCUGUGGCGAUGAUAGAGAUGUGGUGGUAAAAGAGUGCAAAGAGAAGUUGGGAGAUGGCUCAAACAUGGUUUGUUCAUUCGACAGCAGUGUGAACCGCUGUGGCAAAACAACGCCUCAACCAACAACUAUCAUUAGCCAUGUCGACCCCAAACACGAUGGUCCUUAUACCACUCAAAAAAGUGAUCAUUCCACUAAAGCGAACAAUCGGACAACAACUGUUAUUCUUGUGGUGAUAAUAGUUGUUUUCGCUUUUUGUGUUUGUUCAUGCGUUUUCAAGAAGAGACUGGCACAGAUGUUGAGUUGCUGUUAUCGUACUGUUGAAGUGGAAGACCAUCAUGAUUUAUCAGUCAUGGAGGACGGAUCAUCGACUGACGGAAAGGGUGUAGAAAAUGCUAAAGAAAACUUAGAAGAGAGUGAUGAGUCAUAUGAGUUAGGAGAAGUUCAUUCAGUUGCAGAGGAACCCUUGUUGAAAGAGGGUAUUCCCGAAAUCUUGGACGACACUGUAACCACCAAAGAGAAAGGUUCCAAGCUACUUAGCAGCUUGUUGGAUAGUGAGUCUUACCAGUACUUAAAGAAAAUCUGUGAUCGUUUGGACACAACCAUGGCAGGCGCUGGUGACUAUCGCGAUGUCUGUUCGUAUUAUGGUAUUGAUCGUUAUGGGAUUGCCUCAAUUUAUGAGAAGCAGAGGGAUGGGCCAUCCAGAGCUCUAAUCGAUUACUUGGCAGCCACACAUGAACAGCUAACAGUGGCUGAGUUUGUAACUGUGGUGAGAAAAGUAGCAAAGAGAGGUGAUGUCGCAAAGCUGUUAGAGGAGUAUGAAGAGGAGUUGUGAGAAAGAAUGGCAAGGUUUUUUCAUUACCGAUAGUGUCAUUUUCAUUUCUUGUUCUACUAAAUCAGUAUUUGAGAUCGUUGUAAUUCUAAAGAGUUGCAUUUUCUGAUAUAAAUUUUAUGUAGCCUCGGGUACUGAAAAGGACCCAAAUUUAAAGGAGAUGUCUUGAUUAGCAUGAAUUCAAUGUUAUCUUCAAUUUAUUAAUGAUUUAAAUGUUAGAGCUAUUUAUGUACUUGCAAACGUAAAUUUUAGAUUACUGAUUGUCUUGUUGUUUCACGUUGAAUCGUUAACAAGGCAAAAGAGGGCAAACACCUUUUCUACGCUGCUUUGAGGCUAGUUACCUGUUACCUACCGCGAGGACACUGAAUCCACCAGAUAGUCCUUACCGGAAAUGAAAUCCCUUCCAAGUAGUUUUUAGAUUCUAGUAGUCUCCAAUUAAGCGUCGACAAAUCAAAACCAUAACAACCACACUGGCUAAAAAAAACAACGGUUAUCAGAAACCAAUGAGAACUUAAAGUAAACGCAGGCAAACCACUUGAAGCGCGAGAUAACGUGGGUGUCCGACUUGCGAUUGGCUACUUCUUUGCAUUUAAUUGUUUGGUACGUUAGCGCACCGAACGAAGUAAAGCAAAAAAAUAAUGCAAUCCCAUAUUUUUUUGACGAUGAUUAAACUGAACAAAAUUUUUUACUUUGUUCUGUUUAGAUCUAAGCACCAUUAAGGCACUCAUUUAAGAGCAAUUUUUUUCUCAUUUUUAGUUAUAUUUUUUAAAUCACUGGUUAGUUUUUAUUUUUGUAUACCAGAAACGCUACUUUUUUCGUUUUGUGUCAAUGAUAGAGUUAUGUUACGUAUUUAACAGUUAAAGAUGUAUUUGUGGUCACCCUUGCAAAUGUUUCCGUGUUUAAUUUGAUUUUAAGGGAGCGGAGAGGUCAAACCGCAUUAAAAGUUUCAUGCAGUAACAAAUAUUUUCCUUUAACCUCCAAGCUGAAUCGUAUUAGUUAUUCAGCUUUCUAACUGCUAAGAAGUGCUUGGAGUGUCAUGUCCGUUUACGUCAAUUGUUUUUGCGUUUGAAAUCGUUAUCGUUAUCAUAUACUAUGUCAUUUGUCUGCGAGAGUCACAUUUUCGUAUCUGAAACGGAAUUGCAGAAGUUGCAUAGCAAGUGUUUUUUCUUUUUCAAAGUCUUUCAUUUCUAUCCGCCGCUGAGAUAAAGAUGCAACCCAGACGUUGUCUGACCGAAACUAAUUUUGAUUGAUCUUCCCUAAUCCUCUUAUUAUAUUAUGAGGAUUAAUGUCUUCUUAAUAGGGAGUUCAAAGAACUAAUGAUGAUAUUAUGAAUAAAAACUAUGAGGGUACUUUUUACCUUUUGUUUUCUUUGCAA